GCCCCCCCCCCCCCCAUCCCUGCCCGGCCUCUGCGGCGAUGGCGGCGCGGCGCGCGCGGUCGGUGCGGGUGCUGGUGGACAUGGAUGGCGUGCUGGCCGACUUCGAGGCCGGCCUCCUGCGGGGCUUCCGCCGCCGGUUCCCCGGGGAGCCGCACGUGGCGCUGGAAAAGCGCCGCGGCUUCCUCGCCCGCGAGCAGUACCGAGCCCUGCGGCCAGACCUGGCGGACAAAGUGGCCAGUGUGUAUGAAGCCCCAGGCUUUUUCCUAGACUUGGAGCCUAUCCCUGGAGCCUUGGAAGCCCUGCAGGAGAUGAACAACAUGCAGGACACCGAAGUCUUCAUCUGCACCAGCCCUCUGACGAAGUAUGAACACUGUGUGGCCGAGAAGUACCGCUGGGUGGAGAAUCACCUGGGGCCGCAGUUUGUGGAGCGCAUUAUCCUGACGAGGGACAAGACGGUGGUCUUGGGGGACCUGCUCAUUGACGACAAGGACACCAUUCGAGGCCAAGAGGAGACCCCAAGCUGGGAGCACAUUUUGUUCACCUGCUGCCACAACCAGCACCUCGCCCUGCCCCCCACAAGGAGACGGCUGCUCUCCUGGAGUGACAACUGGAGGGAGAUCAUAGACAGCAAGCGGGGGGGGGGGGGGGCGGGACAGUGGGUAGUAGCUGAAGGAAGGGAAGGCAGGCCAUCAGGGAACACCAGCAGAGCUGGAUGACAGGGCAGUGCCAUGGCGGUGGCCACCAGCACCGUGGAGCAGGGAGACACAGUAACCUCGGUUCUCACAAGGCAGCCACCUGGAACCCCACAAGACGGCUGGCAAGGAAUCAUGGUGGGAAAACUACUCAGGAACCUUUUUAAUAAAACACUUUGGCUCACCACUCUUUAAAGGCCCUUUAUUUGGGAAAGUAGAGGUACAGGAGCCCUAGGGAGGGCAGCUGGAAUGCAGGCUGAGGAGGAGGCUUUCUCGUCCCUUCUCCUGUCCUCAGUCCCACCUCCACACCCAUCUGGAUACCAUGCCUCUUGCAUCUGCCAUCUUUCAUCGUGGCCAUGGAGGUCAACCUUAAGGGACUGCAGAAGGGAGGCCAGGAAGCUCCCCAUUGCUCCUGAACCCCAACUUCCCAUGGUCGUCCCACACCGCUUCCCCUGUGCUGGUCAACAUACACUGUGGACUCUAAACCACAGAUUUUUGUCAGGAGGUCCUCUGUGUUCCCUGAGCAC